AUACUCAUGUGACCACGGUGGAGAGGCGGAGUUAUAAUGUAACAAUUUAGGUGCCACAGUGUAACCAACAAAGUGUCCGUGUGAACUGAGCGCAUCUGUUCGCCGUUGCGCUCUUCUUUCCUGUCGUCGCGGAUGUAGACCACAAGCAAUCCACCUCGGACCAUCAGAUGAAAUCUGCCACCGAGACGCCGACAGAGGGAACUGGACCGAAUCCAAAUCGAUUCAUAUGAGGUGCGUGAGCUUGUCACAAAUUUAGAAAAGGGGGAGAGGUGAAUACAGUAAAUUCCUUCAAAACUGUAAAUAGCUCUAACAAGAAUUAGGAGUGGAUUAUCUCAGUGCGCACUGUGAUGGAUGCAACAGGAUUAUUCAGCUCGGUACGGAAGAGGUGGCUCCGUCCCCAUAGUUUCUGGACCGAGGCGCUGGCCUGUUGCUAGGAGACCUUUUGACAGCCGGGAGCUUUUUAGAAAGUGACAGUUAAUGUACUAAUGGUGACUACUGAUCUGGCAACUCCAACCUUACUCCUACUCCCUCCAGGUCUAUGCGCGCCUUUGUGAGUGAACCCAAAAAGCGUUUUGUGCGGUAGAGAAAGCUUGUAACUGUUUUUUUUUUAGUCAGGGGAUUGCAAUGUUUUAUAGGGAACAAUGGCCUACUUGAUGCGAUUAUAAACCUAAAUAUAUCCUCCUUACAGAUAUAUUUAAUCUUUUCUGAGGCCAGAGCGAUGGGAACGUAUUGUCUUAGGUAAAGUGUUGAUGGAUAUGAAAAUACUGACCUUCUGUGUUCAGGAUUUAUUUGUAACUAAAGGGUAUAGUGACCCCAAAAGACCCAUAAAUAGUAAAAUUGAUCAGAAUUCCUCAUCAGCACUGAUUCAACUCCAGAUUCAACUCCAUUCAUUCAUUGUUUCAUUGGUCAGACCUGUACCCAAAUUGUUCUGAGUAUAUUUAGAUGAGGAGUACACCUGCAGCGGCAUGUGUUUCCCAGUCUUGGGGGCUGGUCUGUACAGGAUAAGCUCCCUUUCUCCCUCAUCCAAAAGCAGCAGUCAUAGCGGCCAUGUAUCUGAAGGUCACUCAGGAAGAGAUCGAUAACUAGAUCUCACUGGGACUUAAUUCAAGAGCAGCUAGAAGUGCACUCAGUCCUGCCUUCACUUAGGGCGAACCACAUCCUUACACAGGCUUCCCUCUAUGAAUUGGCCACCCAAGAGCACCAGAGACAACUGACUGUACAGUGAGUGUGUAGUAUUUUAAGCAGAUCACUCACAGCAGCUUGGAUUUCAGCCUGCAUCUUCGCUGACCUUUGUUCCCUUCUUGUGCUGCUUGGUAGUAUCAGACAGGAGACAGGGGUAUCACAUUCAGGUGUGUCACACAUUAUGUCAAGGUUGUAGCUACACCAGAGGGACUUAGUGUAAUUUGGACUCCUUGCUUGUUUGGAGAAUUGCUGAGCUUGUUGAGUCUCUUCUCUGAAGUCUAGCUGCCGUUGGCUGUCACUGCCUCCGCGCUGCACAUAAAAGGGCCUGCAGAGAACAUCUUUUAGGAUUGUCAAAGUCAAAGCCAGUGUAGCCGUGAAAAGGGAGCAGUCAGCGUUAAGCCUGAUGUGUGUGGUUGCAUCCCUUCACACUUGGCGCAGAAGGCUGUCACAAUGUGGCUGGGUCCAAGGGAUGGACUGAGUAAAGCUGACAUGCUGCUCUGUCCUAUUAGGCUGAUGUAUGUACCCAGUGAGGAGACGACUGUCUUCAGGAGCCACUUCACACCUUCCCUCUACCUUCUCCUCCGUCUCCUCUUCCUUUGUUCAGGGGCAUGCCUUCUGAACCCAGCCUCAGGUAAGUUGAGCAGACUUAGCAUGUAGCACAGACAGAUUCAAAUCCUCAAGUAGCAGUAAAAGAGAUGUUUGUGUAUUCAUUUGGAAAAUGUGAACAAAAAGCCUCUUCUGUAUAGGACUGAGACAAGAAACUCAUUAUAACCUUUAAAAGAUCUUUAUGGAGGUGCUCUUAAUGUGCAGGCUCCAAUUCCUCUGUUGUUAGUACUCCAAAUAUAGUGAGGGGACAUAAAUGCUCUCAAAGAAGAAGGCUUUUUGUGUUACAACGAAAGGGACAUUGGAAUAUUUAGAAAUAUUUUGUGGAUUGAAAUGUUGAACGUUGUCAAAGUUGACAAUGACUUUUGGGGGCAACACGUAUUUGAUCCUCUAUUUCUUGAGAUUAUACCAUCAAAAGUCUAUCAAAACAAAUUCUUUUAUGCACAAUCAUUUGUUUCUUCUUCUUCUUUUUCUUCUUCUUUUUUCAACAAGUGCAUUUCAUUAAAUUGUUGAUAAAAAAACAAAGCCCCUAAUAGUUUUUCUGUUCUGUGCUGCUCUGGAGGCCAUGUAAAUAUAAAAGGCUAAUAUCUACUAAACAAAGUCAGACAAGUAUUAUAUUCAGGCCAUUACACACUGGUUUAAACAUACUCGUAAUAAUCAAUUUUUACUGAGAAUUCAAUAAAUUAUGCAAGAAGAUCAAAAACUCAAAACAAUUGAAACAGCCUGAAUCUCCAGACUUCAGGGCAUUUCCACAAAGGUCUCAAAUACGGUUCAUAAAUAUACACAUAAGUGAACAAAACCUCAUUUAACUUCUUUGAUUAGCUUGACGUCACACUUUUGUGCAGCUUUAUUGAAAAGAAAAUUUGUUUUUAUUACAGCUGUUGAUAUAACACUCAAAUGAGAAAUUACUGCAGCAGUUUUAUGUGUGUGUGUUAAUAAACUGAAAAGCCCAUGUGGGCCAUGAGAAAGAAGCAUGUUGUUCAGUGCAAUAGCUUGUAACCUUGUUUUAGUUUGAUUAUUCAUUUCAUCUCUGAAGUAACAUUUGUGUUUUAUUGUCAUAGUUGUGACGUUUCAAAGUUUCUAUGCUCUGAUCGUGUCAUACAUAAUGCUCAGCCCACAUGGACUUACAUGACACCGUGAGUUCAUACAAUCCAGGGUCAAAGUGCAAAACAAAUCGAUCUUGAUCUUAAAUGUAAGAAGAAAAUUACACAAAGUACACUGUUAUACAUAAAUGAACAACAAACUUGGUUCAGGCCCUGGGACCAAACCUACGUCUCCUUGAGUUGAUUGGAGCAAAUCGAACCCUGAGAAAACACUGUAUAGCUCAAAACUCAGUCUUUGUGUACUUCUUCUUGUACCUUUCUUUCUAAACAGCAUUACCCAUGUUUUACUUGGAUUGAUUUCCAAUCUACAUUAGUGAGUUAUAACUUAACUACAUUUAACAUACUUUUAAAGUCAGAUUUAGCUGUUAAAAUUAUACCAUCAGUUAAUAACAACAGUUUUCCUUUGUAUCUCAGAAUUUGCGAGUGUUUUUAAGCCUCUAUGUACAAGAUUUUACCCAGCUCUCACCUCUAUAGUGCCCUAUAAUCCUUUAAAAAGAGGCUGUAAGAUGAUGUAAUCCACUGUGGCUCUAAAGCAGAAACCUAGUUGUUGAAAGUACUUUUCAGCCACAUAAUGCCUUUUGUGGCGCUUAAGGACCACUGUCAUGACUGAGAGAAAUUAUGUCAUCAUAGUCCGAGUUUGGGGACCUUAUUUUUAUUUUUUUCAAGAACUGGAGUCAUGUAGUAAAAAAUACAACAUGGAGAGUCUGGAGCGGUUCAACUUUAACACUACUGCAUUGAAAUGAGCUUCUAUAUAUGAAACAAGCAGUUUGAAAAGGUGCACUACUUGUUCACUACACUUUUAUCCAAGUCCGCCGUAUCAAACGUACAAACUCUCUUACAUUUAUCUUUAUCUUUUCAUUUAUAACCAUGAAAUGCAUCAAAGACUUUAUUCUCCCCGCUUGGGAUACAAUGUCCUGAAAUCCUGUGAAUUCGCUUCACUUUUCAUCACAGUGAUUUUGUCCUUUUCUCCCCUGGCACUUCCCUCUGGCUGAGUCCAACAACCAACCAACCAACCAACAGUCUGAGUCAUCAUUUCUAGCACCUCUGGCCCACAGCGCGCACACAUACCCACCCACCCACACACACCAUUUCCUCCGUCUUACACCCCAUCAGCAUGAAGGUGACAGAGCAAACCUCCUGGCAGACAGCAGCAUUUAGACUGACUGCUGUGACUUGAGUGGACAGAGAUGGAUUUGGACGGACAGGGCGGCAGGCAGGCUGAUGGAUGGGUACACGCGCAGAGGAAUCGAGGAGGGGCGUAGAGACAGGGUAUAUUUUGUGCUUCGUGGAUACACAGCACAAACUCAGACAUCAGUCAAACAGUCAGAUGAAAUCUUUGAGACAAGUUGCGUAGUCAUGUGUUUGUCUCAUCAACCAUAAAAAAUCAGAGCGCACAAACAAACUGAUGGGCAAAACAAGUUUAAAGUUUCUGUGCAGAAUUUUUGAGUGUUGGUGUCAGCUGUUUCCAAUACACUGAUUAAAAAUAAUACGUUUAAUGAAACAGAGUGAAAUGAAUGAUGUGUCUCUAUGGUGUCCAAACAAGAACAAUAAGACAAAUGAUAAGAUGGAUAAUUUUUAUAUUUGAAAUUUUUUUCCCAAACUUCGUUUUUCUAGUUUUGUACCGACAUUGCACAGUUUUACACAUGUUGAAAACAAAGAACAACACACAGACAAACAACCUCCAGACAAUCCCACUGAGACUAAAUAUACAAGACGAAAUGUAGUUCACUCCUUUAAGCACCCAAAGCACAGGGUAUUGAAGGUGGGAAAAGAAACAAACAAACAGAAAAAUCAUAAUAAUUAUGAUACAAUUUAAUAAAACUAAUAUUUCCAUUUUUGUGCAUGUAACUUCUGUGAGGGGGGAGGUAUGCUAAUGAAAUAGUCUUUGUUACUUUUAUCAUAGCAACAGUGAUAAAUUCCACCGUAAAAAGACAACAGAUAGAGAUUUUAUUGGCGGCGUGGCACAGGCGUGGCAUAAGUCAGGUCCGCUGCGCCAAUAAGGCGUGCCCAAGGACAAUUUGGUAUUUUGGUGAGCAGCGCAGCCCGGCGUAAGUAUCCCCCCUCCCUAACUCAGCUCCUUCUAGCUUGGCAGACCUCGGUGCACCUCAGUUUAUGAAAAUACCAAACUGGCUGUGCGUGGGACUCUGCCAGACGAAAAUACCAGGUAGCGUGGGGUGCGCCACCCUCUGCCGUGCCGCCAGCGGGCACGAAAAUAGAGACCUUUGUCUAUAGGGGGUGCUGAAAUCAACACAGGCAGAAAGUUCCUUAUAGGAACUUCAAGUAAAAUUAAAAAUAAAACCAUUAUUAGAUAUUUGUGGAACUUUUAUUUUAUAAAACGCUAGUUACUGGUAUUAUCCUUCUCAGCUGUUCUCAUGUCAUAUUUAAAACUGCCAUGGCCAGCUUGUGUUUUGUGCUAGAGCAGCCAAACAGGACAGCCAAACAUCUGAUCUCCAUCCCUAAAUUUGUUCGAAUCCUUCAAAGUGUUUUCCUCAGUCAUCACAAGAUUGUCAUCAGGCAAUAUUUCCCUUUGUUUCCUUUUGUGUGUGUUUGUGUGUGUGCAGCAGCAGCAGGGAAAUGCUGACAGGACAGAGGCUCUGUCAGUCAAAGUCCCACCAGGACUCAGUCCUCUCUGCUCUGAACCAGCAGAGGAAAGAUGGCCUGCUGUGUGAUGUCACCCUGGUCGCUGGUGAGCAGAAGUUUCACGCCCACAAAGCCGUCCUGGCAGCAUGCAGCGACUACUUUAGGGUGAGUCCUGGAGAAUAUCACAGUUUUUAAAAAAUAAAUCUUUGACUUCAAAAGAAUAAAUGCAAAUCCUCACAGUUUGAUAUGAAAACGCUGAAGUGGUAUAUAUACUAUGACUAUACACAUGUAUCAAGUUUUUUUUUCAGCUAUGACAGGCGGGUAUGAAUCAUACAGUGAAGCCUACUGACGAUGUGAGAGGUGACAAUGAUCUAUUACACAACCACUUGGAAGGCUGUUGAAUUGUCACCAAAUCUGUUUGAGUCAGAUAACUCAUUGUCUACAUGCUUUUUCGGGUGUUCUGCUAUGCUGCUAGGCUCUGCAGAAAUUACAUAUACAUAUAUAUAUAAGUCUUGGUAACAUAUGACAAACAAUAUGAAGCCCAGAUAACUCUUUGGCCUAGAUUAAAAGUGCUGUGUCCCUCCCCUUGUGUCCUGAUGCCCCCUGUUUUUUUGUUUAUUUUCCACUUUGCUUAUGCACGGUCUCUUGCAGAGGCUUCAGUCAGAUCCCAGCUAAGCCUCAGGACCGAGCAACCUUAGUUACACUUUCAGGCAGCCAGAAAGGAGAUGGCCACACAGGGAAAAGGGCACAGAUGAGAUUUGAUUUAGGGACACUGAGCAGAUUAGGAAGUAGAAAUUAAUCCCUCUUGAAAAUGAGAGGCAGAUUAAAUAUGCCCAAAUUGCCUGGAGAUUAGACCUCCCGUGUGUUAGUUUAUGUGUUUUUGUGCAUGAAUGUUAUUUUUGAUUCUCCUGCAGAGAGUUGAGGGUGGGCGAGUCACACUCCUCUCCUCUUUUUGUUACCCUCUGUUGUUCUUCAGCUCCGUUUUUAAACGCUGUGCUUUCAUGUCCCAGCUGAGCCAAGCAACACUGUUUUCCAGCUCUCAGAUUAUUAGAUCAGCCUGCUACCGUAAGCAAGAAAACUCACUCUUGUUCCCUGCUCCACCGUAGGGGCUCAACAACAUUAUCAUCCGUUUGUCAUCUGACGCCACCGCUGGGAUUCAUUUAGUUCAUUUACAGAGGAGAUGAAGGUGCUCUGUGUCGUGAAUAGCGAGUAUGUCUCCGCUCUAUCUCUCCCUCUCUCUAUCACUCUCUCCCUCUGUGUCUCUUCCGUUCACACUCUGACACACACCAAGCAGUGAUUAUAACGCAUUAUCGAACCCAGCAGACGAAAGUGAUCGUAAUGAAAUACCUGACCAAGCAUGAGCUGUUUACCUGAAACUUGUCCUGAAUAUGUCAUCCGCCUUUUUUUCCCCCUUUGCUGUCACAUUACCAAGAUGUCUGGACAGUUCAGGGGGGAUACAGCUGACUCGCUUACACCAGCAACCACACCACCCUCAGUGAGAGCGCCCACUCACACACAGACACACACACGCAUAAUUCCUCUCUAGUGUCUUUUGUAAUGCUGAGAAAUUUUUCCUGCGUGUCUGCAGUCAGGACAUAAUUCAUAUCCAAAGCUAUUACUGUCUAAAAACAUUAAGCUAAACGAACAACAUGUGCUCCAGAGAACUCUGUUUUUACUAUCAGCUCUUAUCUACAGACAAAAUUUAUUUUUCCAAAUUGAGUUAAUCUUGUUUUAAUAAAUCGCAACUGAUUAUAUCUCACUAUUUUUUAUUGCGGUGUCAUGAAAUUAUGUCACCAACAAAGUGUCUUUUCUGUCACGGUCUCAUCAGAGUUGUCUGCUGUUUAAGCUCCUGUGAGUUUUUCACAUGCAUGAAAUCGACUUUAAUUCAUAUUGAUGCAUUUUUAUGAUCUACAAAAGCAAACAAGAUCAUCAAUGACAAGAUUGGCAACUGUUAUAUCAUCAUUUUUAAUGCCUGAAAGAUGUGGGAAAGGCCCACAUGAAGCCAGGGGCGUGUUUUGUUUAGACAAGUAACUCUCACUUUUUCAUCCUGUUUGAAAAUGAUAAUUAUCAGUAUGCACUUGUAUCAUUCAUUACGCAUAUUUCUUUCUAAUAACUCGCCAAUUAGUCGACUACUAUUUAAAAAGAACUCGGUAACCAGUAAAAAUAAGUUGCCAUGAAAGCUGCUGUGAAGAACUUGGUGUUUUUAAAUUUUAGCACCUCUGCAGAUAAAGGAGAAAUAUCACCCUGCUUUCUUUUAAAGGCCCAAUAUAUCACUCAGUGUUAAUCCUUACUGUAGAAAAUAUGAACAGAUGUUUCAACAGUAUGUUGUUCACUCUACAAAUACUUUGUCUAAAACCGAGCCCAGGAGGAUUAGAGAUGAUAAUAUGGAAAUAAUCAGUCUCUCCACUGAUGGUCUUGUUUGUCUUUGCAGAUCACCUGGAGGCAUCUGCUUUAAUUUCAGUCUGUUUCAUAACCAGCUGAACUCCUCACAGAGCUGUAAACUUUAUUUUUAGUAUUAGAUGGAAAAGAGAGUCACAGAGCACAUAUCAUUAACUGAACAAAAGGCUUGUAUGAAGAAGCUGAAGUUUAAUACUAAUCUGUCCAAUCAUGAGAAAUGACGUUAAUGCUCAUAUACAGUAUAUUUGAGAAUGCUCUAUAUCCAUGUAUCAGAUACGGUAAUGGACGCUGUCUGCCUCCUCGCUGGGUGGAGCCACCCUGAGAACUGCACCCUCUGGUGACGGGCUGCAGUAUAGGUCAUAAAUCCCACCUCCUCCAGCAAUCUCUAUGGAGCUGUGGACAAAUUUUAGACAUUAAUUACACAGAAUAAAUAUUUUUCUCCCCCUGCUUGCGAUGUUGACAUGUAGUUACUGUAGGACUGGUUUCAACUCAAGUCCUCUUUUUUCUGUACAGCUCCAUUUUUUUAAAGUUAUUAGGGGGUUCAUGUUUUCUAUGAUUGACACUUGAUACAGCCUAUGGGCGUACAAAGAUUGCAUAGCUUACCCAGGGGAUACGCUAUUUGAGUCGAGCGUCAUCACAGUGACUCUCCCGCUGAAUGCGUACGAUGCUACUGCACAAGUGGUGGUUUAAGAAGGUGGAGAAAAAACCUGUAAAUACAGAGAGCUUUUUGGAUUCUAAUUCGUGUAAUGACGGAGGGCGGAACCAAGUUGUCCAUAGUAUAUAUAGUCUAGGGGUUUCACCUAAUUCACAUGUAAAGCCAAAAAGAGUGUCUAGAGUGAAGACGAUUGUAAAAUAGACAAGAUUUAUAUACAUAUUGAAGUGAACUCGACCAUCAGCCACAAGAUUGCUGAGUUUUGUGGUGUAAUUAUGCUAAAAGCCGGUGCGUUGGUGCAGAAAAAGCCCCGGUUUGACAAUUUCCACAUUAAAUGUUUUCAAUAAAUCAUACAUUUGGCUGUCAGAAGUCAGCAGGGUGAGAUUCUAUUGUCAGAAGACACAGAGUGAGCAUGUUUAGGACAAGAUAAGAGCAUCUUUGUCAACAGGGGGCGCCCUAAUUGACACAAACCAAAAGUUCCUCACAGGAGCUUUAAAAUGAGAAAACAACCUCAUUAGAGCUGUUGAUAUGUCUUAAUACGUUUGAGGAACUAAGCUGAAUGAGAGUAAAAAGGUCAUUUUUUUGGCUGGUUUGAAUGUUUAGAUGUCAGUAAGUUAAGAACAGUUCACCUGAACUUUUUCAUACUGUCCCAUUUUUUGCACAGCUUUAUAUAAUCCACACAACAGGUGAUGUCUCUGACUGUGGUUGAGAUGUGAUAGAUAAGAAAGUUCUGUGUAACAUCCUGAACCUUUAUUACAUUUGUUUAAUCAAAUAUCAAGGCGGUGAGGUCUCAACAGAGUAUAUUAGUUUUAAUUUUAACACAGUUGUUGAUGAAUAUAGCCACAGGACUUCAGUCAACAUUAUCCUUCAGACACAGUAAUACCUCACUGACUGGUUUUAUCAGGGAGUAAUAAAACUUCCUCUGUACGAUCAGAACAAGCGGACUCACAUAAAUUCUGCAGACAGGUUGGACUAACUGCAGAGCUGCGCCCCACUGCAGCAUCAUGUAAAAGGACCGCAGUGAACCUGGCUCCGUGGCUUAAUUUGUCUCAGCGCUGGAUCUAUAUCCCAAGUCAGAGGAGCCAUCCAUCAUCACAAGCUCUCCCUCGGCUCCUCCACCAAGGUCAGGAGCAUUGAACCUGGAGGCUCACAGCCCUGCUCACACUCUCCGAGCGUUCUCUGCGAAACUCACGAAUGAAAACACAUGCUAACACAAAAGAACAUGUGUAGCGAUGCUGUGUCCUCUUUCAUAUAAGCUCUUCCUAUCAUGCUCCGCCUGUGAGUCUGUUCUAAUUUCUGUUUUUUACACUCUCACACACACUGACCAUAGAUUAGCCGCAGUCACACCCUAGGUUUAGCUACAGGCCUUCCUGUGCUCAGUGGACCAGUGGAUUUUUAAUUAGCGCAAUGGUGAAUCAACAAGGCUGUGCUCUGAAGAGAGAUGUGCAUGCCUUGGUUAAAAUUCAUUGUGGCCUCAAGUCGACCCGGCCUCCCUCAUACAUCUCUCUCUCACAAUGUAGAGGGGCCAGGGGCAUUGGUAGCCUGGUUAAAGUUCAGGGAUGCUAUGAAUCAGGAAGAAGUGGAUGAGAACUGAGAAGAUUUAAUGUUGUUUUCGUGACAAAUAAGGACGCUGCGCUGUGCUAACCGGCCAGCUCGAGGGCUUUCAAAGCUGAUAAUGUUGUUACACACCAGCCUCUGAGUGGAGGUAGUGUGGAGUGACUCUGACACUGGGAUCAAAAUGAUAUGAGUGAUUGCGAGUUAGCGAGAUCAGUAUCCUCAAACUAGACUGUUUUGAUCUAUAACGGAUGAAAUAGCUUUUCAGAAGUCAACCUUAGUUUGUGUCAAUUUAAAAUGAUAAAACACAGAAACUAUAAGUUGAAACCCCUUCCAUCAUGGCCUCUUUUGAACCUCAACUCCCACUCUUCCCGGCUCUGCUUGACGACCCUGAUCGAUGCCUCUGUCAUCCCUCAUAGUGUGACACCAGUCAAUAACUUUGAUUAGCAAGCAGCAAGCCGGACUCACACAGGGCCAGACUGCAGACGCUGUGUCCGCUGGUUUGAUUUCACAUGAGCGUUGUGCGCACACGUGUCCUUGUUUUUGUGUGUGCGUGUUACAGAGAGAACGAAAGACAGGGAGGCUGUGCAAGAAAGAGAAAAUACCAAGAGCUCUAUUUGUUCUUGCCUACCUCUGGGGCCAGGCCAGGUAAAUCAAUACAGACAAGCUCUGGAUGUUGCUACUGGCAGGUUUGAUUCAUUCAUACAUUCAAAAGCCAUUUCUUAGGCUGUUUUUCUUGCACAACAACGUGGUCAACCUACAGUGACUGAAAGGGUAAAAUCAAUCCAUCAUUGGCCAGUUUUUACACCCGGCUGCUCAUUUUUUAAAACCUAAUUCAGAAAAAGUCACAUGAAAUGUCUGUGAUGUGUGUCACCAGGCUAUGUUCAGCUUGUGCAUGGUGGAGAGUGAGGCGGAUGAAGUGACGCUACAAGGAGUGACCAGUGUUGGACUGAAGCACGCGUUGGACUUCGCCUACACUGGACAGGUGAGUCUAAGAAAUGUCUGAAAAGACACAAAAGGAGCAGGAAAUCGAAUGAUUAAAAAAAUCCUUUGACCUUACAUGUCCCUGCAACUGCAAUACAAUGUAUUUAAAAUGUUACCCAACAUGAACUGAGGUCAAGGUUUCAAAGGUUAAAAUCUGAGUUUGAUCCCAGGUCCCACUGUCCACAUGCCAAGGUGUCCUUAGGUGAGACACUUGGCCCCAAAACAACACGCAUUGGCUGUGCCUAGUGGUGUGUGAAUGGGAUUAGUUAAUACUGAUGGGCUCCAAACAUAGCAGCUUCUGCCAUCAGUGUGUCAGUGUGGUUUGAAUGAGUGACUGUGACAUGUGAUCACGGUGAGAAGCGGUUAGAGUAAAAAGAGUAAAAAACACAAUCUAUUCAUUACUUACUAUCAGAAAAAAAUAAAUAAAUGACUGAAAUAUGAAGAUAUGUGCAAGUGUAAGUGAAAGAAGCAUAAAACCAGCACUUGAACAGCCUGAACCUUUCAAAAGACACUGUUUUUGAAUGGUUCAAACAAAGGAAUCACUUCGCACAUCUAUAAAACAAGACAAGUGCGUUGGAGUAAAAAGACGAAAAUGCAGCAAAGGGAUUCCUGCACACCGUCCAACUUGCAAUCAAUCAUUUGUUUGCAACAUUUCGGUACUAGACCUUCAUCAGGCAAACAGUGUUUGCCAUAUAACUGGUUCAUCUCAACACUUUGUAAGUAUGGAUACAUGUUUCUCACGAACCCACAAAAUUGUGUUUGGCCUUUCCCAGGGGUCAAUUUUAGGUCCAACUCUUUUUAAUCUUUACAUGCUUCCUCUGGGGGACAUCAUCAGGAGGCACAGCCUCAGCUUCUACAGUUAUGCUGAUGAUACUCAACUGUACAUGGCCAUGUCUCCUGAUGACAGCGGGCUAAUUGAUGCCCUUUUAAACUGCAUGUUAGACAUUAAGUCCUGGAUGGCAGCCAGUUUCCUACAACUCAACCAGGACAAGAACAGAGGUUUUAGUCAUUGGUCCUGAAGACCUGAGAGAGACACUUUUACCAAAACUACAAGAUUUUAAAGUAUCCACAUCUGUAAAAAAAAAAACCUGGGCGUAAUUUUCAACUCUGAGCUCAGUUUUAUUCCACUCAUUAAAAACAUAGCAAAGGUAGGUUUUUACCACUCUGAGAAUACAGCCAGAGUCCGCUCGUUUCUCUCCCAGGCCAACACAGAUCUCCUGUCGUUUAGAUUAUUGUAAUGCCCUGCUCUCAAGGUUAAAACAAAAACAGCUCUCAGUUUCUUUGGCCCCCGGUUGUGGAACAGCCUGCCGGAGAGCCUCAGGGCCACAGAGACUGUUGAUGUUUUUAAGAAGAGGCUCAAGACUCACCUUUUUAAUCAGGCUUUUGACUGAUUGCCCUUUUCUUAUUUCUCUUAUUGCUACUGUUCAUUUUAACCCAAGUUCUUAAUGUUUAUUUUUAUUUUUAUUUUAUUAAUUGUAUUUAUCAACUCAUUGAUGUUAUUUCACUAUUACUAUUUAUUAUUUUUACUCUGUUUUGAGUCUUUUUCUUAAUUUCUUAACCGUUUUAAAGUUUUAUGGAUGCAUUUGUUUGGCUUACAGAGGAGAAGCUGAUUGAACAAUUGCAUACAGAAGUUAGCAAGCAUUAUGAUUUAAGAUAUGGAACCGCUGAGUCUUUAUGUAACCGCGUUUAACCACUGCAACAAUUAAACACUGUUCUUAUCGCUUUAUUUAUAGCUAUGCUAAUUCAACGUGAAUUUAACAUCUUGCUGCAUACUAUACGCUUUGCAUUCAAAGCAGUGGAUGUGUUUUCUGUUUUCUUCAUAUUAUCGUCUGUUUUCUCAUCAUGGGUGAACAAAUCAGAAUUAGUUCUACUUUACUGUUUAAUUACUCUGCUACAUUAGAAGUGCUUGCACUCGCAGGAGCAGAUCCUGUGACUGUUUCAAGAGAUCCUCUGACCUUGUAUGUGCACCGUUUAUGAUUGCUCCUGUUUACUUAUACUCUUUCAAGGCUUUAAGAUUCCUUCAUCAUCACCCUCUAAAGGCAAACAUCUGUCUGUUUCUGUGGUAAUCUGGGCACAUGUGAUGGGAACAGUCCUUGUGAUAUUGACAUGUGAAAUACUCACAGAUUCAUAACUACAAGAUUCCCUAAGACUAGAGUUUUCCUUGGUUUGACCUCAGCUGGAGGACCCAAAAUAUGGUUCAAAAGAUGCAGGUCAAAUUUAAUCCAGAACAACCUUAAUGUGUAAAAUUUAUAGCAGCUGUAUGAAAGUACACAUUUUGAAAGUAAAGUAAUUGUAGUGUAUUUAUUUUAGUGUAAAUUUGAGGUCAAAUUUGACUUAAACAACUCUGGGCCUGUAUGCUAUGAGGCUGUUCAGUUUACAAGAAUGCAGUAUGUUGGGUUAAACUGAUUUGCAUGGAGGACAUCUGUCAUGGAUUAGGUCAUCUAACUUGUUCUGGAAGAGUGAAAGUGAAGCACACUGUCCUCAAAUGAAGCAGAAACUAUGACUCAAGCAGCGAUAAAUGAGGAAUGUUUGCGAAAGUGUACCCAUGAAGAGCAGUCACAGCUGGCCAAAUAUGUCACAAAACACAUCCAAACAUUGCAUUUGCAGAUUAAUCUCAAUUAAUCUCAACAGCAUGCCUUUGGUUGGUGUCACACAGGAGUGUGCAGGUGUUUGAUUUGUCCAUAAAUUUGUCACUGAGAAGAAGAACCAGGAUUCAAAUUCAAGAAAGUGGUAGUUAAGAGUGCGGUUUCUACACUAACGCAGUGAGAAUAUCAUGAGAGCUGGGUCACUGUCCUUUUUUUUCCCUCCUCCCAUCAUCGUGAAAGUGCGUGUGAUCAUUUCUAAUAACCCUCCUUGACCUUGUUAGCGCCGGCACUGCUCGGACCAAUAAGCAGCCCAGUGGCUCGUUCAAUAUGCUGGGAGGCCAGGAACUUUGUAAUUACUCCUAAUUUUAUUUCCUCAGUGGAAAUGAGAAAAAGAGUCAGUCAGUUGGGCAGUGGAAGUAGGUCAACAGCAGGCUCGCAAGCCGCUCUGCUUUGGUUGGCUCAGCUCCUGUCUGCUCAGAGGAGAUGAUAGCAGAUGAGAUGAGGGCAGCAUGCUCAUCCCCAAACCGUAAAUAAUGACCUACUAAAAAUGCUUCAGCCACAACUUAUUGCCCAGCAGUGUGAGUGGUGAGACAUGCGCCCACAAAACCCUCUCAGACCGGGGUCAGUCAGUAACUACAGGGACAUUUUUACUUGUGGCAAAGGUUACUGUAUAUUGCUCUAUCUGGAGGUUUACCACACAUUUUUCUCCUUUCACCAACAUGACAUUUCUCUGACCAUUCAAUCAGGUUUUCAGACCUCAGAGCGUGCAAAUAGAGCCGACAGAGAUCAGAUCCUGGUUGGACUCUGAUGUUGUCUUCUCCUCCAGGAAAAGGCAUGCGAGUAACCGUUGCAGUAAAUGUGGGUUCACACAAGAGCUCACCGCACUCCUACACUUCAGCAGCCACAGAGUUAUAAAACUGGCCCGUGCUGUGUGAUGGUGGAGUGCUCUAACUGCAGUGGGCCUGUGGAGUGGAGAGGAGAGCAGGAUAUGAAGAGCAGUCACUUACAGUUAUUGCCGUUAUGAUUUGGUGUUGCCUUUAUUGCUGCCAGGUCACUGAUUGAGUUUAAAAAAAAAAAAAAAAAAGAGACGUUGGAUUUUUUUGUGAUCACUUGUUCGCUGUUACCUCUGUACUCUUCUCUUAAAAGCUGCAGUAUUGUUUAGAACAGGUGCAUGCAAAGGUAAUAACGUCCUUUCAAUUUUUAGUUCUUUACAUAAUCUGACAGUUCAUUAUUCAUUAUUACGGGGCACAGUACACAACCUUAAAAUGUAAGCAAGGAGCACAAUCAUGCUGCUUUCAGUGUAGUUUUUGAUUUACUCCAGACAAAGCAGAACAAAGAUACAGCUGCAAUGUAAAAACUCAACACAACCAAAAUGACACCAGCAAAAAAUAUAAGAAAGGACAAGACAAGAAAAUAGGUAAAAUAUUAGAAACUCCAAUGAUACAACAAACCAGUUUUCAUAUGUAACAAGCAUGUCACGUGGCAGAGUUGAACAAAAGGGAAAGGACCCAAAUGCAGACCAAAAAAAAGGACCUAUUAAAAAGGAAUGAAAUAAAAAGCAACAAAAACGUACUUAAAAAAAAAACCACCAGGAGACGAAGGAUUUGCGCAUAAAAGAUCACGGGGAAUAGGCAGACAUGCACACACAUCGACAUACAAUGAACCAACAAGGAUAAAGGGGAAGGCAGAGACUAUAUACACACACUGGGUAACGAGCAACAGGUGAGGCAAACGAAACACAGGUGAAACUCAUGGGGGAUUUACAAAGGAGGGAAAACUAGGGAAGUAAAACAAGACUAGAAACACAAGAAAUCAACUACUACAAAAUAAAACAGGAAACAAUGAAAACAGAACAAGAGGGAAACAGGGUCAAACACAAACCGAAAACUCAAGACUGGACUACAGGGGUACAGGAACAAUAGAGAACAGAAACACUAGGGAAAAUCACAAAGAAAAUACACUACAUAUUAAAGCUUGGGUUUUAUAAUUUGUUAUAAUACUUUAUGGUUUCAAGGUGAUGCCUCAUGUUGUCAAAGUUGUUUUGGUCAUGAUUUAUUAAGUCACUGGUGUUUUUUUAUUUAUUAAUUUUUUUUUAAUUCUACAGACUACGGGUAUCGUAGCACACCAGUGUGAAUGAGCACUAAUUUUGAUAUUAUUAAUACAUUUAAUGGCAUUGUCAUUGUAACAGGGGGGUCAACAAUAGCAGGCAAGUUCCCAGUGUAACACUGAACCAAAAGAAGACCCAGAUGCAAACUCACAGGCUGGCGAAAUCAAAGUCCCAUUAAUCAAAGAGUUGGAUCCACAGAAGCACAGGCAGAGGUAUCCAAAUCAACAGGCAAGAGGCGAAGUCAAUCAAUACUGAAAUUAGGUCAAAACACUGAGGCAAACACAAGAAAUAUAUGCUGGAACUAUGACACUAAGGACAACAUAAACUGGCACAAAGGGGAGGGAAAGCUGGGUUUAAAUAUAGUGGAGUUAAUGAGUGGAGUUAACGAGACACAGGUGAGACACAUCAGGGUAAUCAGGGGAGCAGGUUACACAAGGAGGAGGAAGUCAAUGAACCUGAAACAAGAGACAAGAGUGAGUAUCAAAAUAAAACAGGAAACACAAGACAAGAAACAUGAGGGAUGAAAAAAAAAACAACUUAACUAAUCAGGAGAUGUGACACCAAGAGCAAAGGAAUCAACGGCAUCAAGUAAAUCCCUCAGAUAUUUCUCUCUCAUAUCUUUGUUGUAGAUGUUUUAUAAGUAUAUCGUCAUAACCAAGAGAUGGAAUCAAUGAAUGAAAUGUCAUAAAUAUAUCAUAAAAUAACCAUGAGUGUGACACUAGAGGGACAACAACAUUGGCAGCAAUAAUACGUAAAGACAUAUGGUUACAGCGUUACAGAGAUAAUGGAACAGGUAGGCGUGCUGUUUACAGGAACAGCCUCAUAAUGACAAUAGACUGAUUUAGGUUUGAUGUAUGGAAAAUUAAAGCAGUCUAAACCUAUAGCAGCAUAACCAAGAGCUGGCCCAGGCCUGCCCCAGCUCUAACUAUGAGGAACAUUUUGAGCCCACAGAUGGUCAGAAAGUAGAGAGGAUGUCAGAUACCCUGGACCUCGACCGGUAGAUGAUUACAGAAGAGAGGGACCUGAGACUUAUGGUAUGAGGAGUAGGCCUGCAUAUUGGAACUGCAAUGUUCUGGUGGGGCAAUAGAGAGCUUUGUGGGUCAGAAGAAGGAUUUUAAAGUCCUAGAUUUAAUGGGAAGCCAGUGCAUGCAUGCUAGUUUUUCUGCAUCACUCUCAGACAAGUUGAUUUCUUAUAUAUCAGGUAAAAAAAACAGGUAAUUCUGGAGAUUUGUUGGAUGUGGGAGUUAAGAACAUGUCCUGAUCAAAUAUGCAGCUUUCAGCCUUAUGUACAGUCUUAUAGUAAAUCCACAGAUUAUGCAGGUGGUUAAUUGGGCCUAGCUGGAAAUCUAUUAUAAAGGAGAAUGUGCAAAUUCAGCUGAUUCCAGGGAGGAAAACUACAAACCAGCAACGUGUGAUGGGAUUUCUGUGGCUUUAGUAACAGGGAAAAUGUGCUGUAAUAAACAAGUUGCCUGAUGACUACCAAUGAAGUGUUUACACGAUUACUACAGCAGUCAAAUAAUUUGUGUAUUUAUAUGCAGCAAUGCAUGUGAUUAGGAGCAACUGCUGACUCAAAGGUUUUCACAUUAGUCACAAACACACAGAAAUAAUAAAUCAGUGUUUCUGUUGAAAUGUGUUUGGAAAAUUAAACUGAAGCUGCCUUUCUUCUUAUAAAAAAAAUCAUAUACUGCAUGUAGGAUGUAAUAAGGAUGAUUUUUUUGGGCUGUUUGAUCAUGUACAACCCACCACUGUAUCAACAAUGAGGAGUGACUGAUGAGGCCUUGCUUUCACCUUCACCGCUGAUGCAGUGGCACCUCUUUGUCUAUGUAGGGCACUACUGCUGAAUGGAUUAUUAAAGCUUUGUUCUUUAAAAACAGACACGCUUCAUUGUGAGGUGGGUCCACUCUGCCAGCGGUGACAUGAGUCGUGUUUAGUCUGCAUAUCCUUUAAUUACAAUGAUUAACAGAAUGUUUCACUCCAGUCGGUUCAGAUAGUAAUGUGCGAACAGAAACGCAGAGGGGCAGUGGGCUACCCUCCCUCAGGCUCAGCAUACCUGGCUCUGCUCCCUUGGAACCUGGUAUGAGAAACUGGCUAUGCGACAGAGUUUUAUGCUCUUCAAAUAUGGGCGGCUGUAAUUGAGGAAACAGCAGGAUAUUUACAGGAGAUACUUUCAGCCGCAGGUCUUUUAUCUCAUCAGGAAGCAUUUAGAAAGACUGAGUGUUAUAAUAUUUGACUGCUUAUCUUGCUUUGAUGAGAGGGUGAUAAUGGAGAUAGUUUCAGGUCACCCAUCUGUGACCUCUUGGGUAAUAUCCAAUGAUGUAAUAGCCGUGGGAGUGGAGGCUAAUCUAUUUCAACCCUGGACUUGAACAAGGACGUCUUUUUGCUGUCAACUGCUUUUUUCACCUGUUAACAGACGACUUUCAGGGCUCCGAGUUUACCAGGUUAGGAAGUCACUGUAGCUUUAAUAGAAACACCUCAAUAAUAAUAAAACCUUAUUGACUCCAGGUGGUUCAUUGUUUGGUUCACUUUAUUUGAUCACAGUUACUUUUACCAUGUUCUAUUAGAAAAACAAACAUACAGUAAAAUAUAAAAGAUUAUGAUGGACCUGUAGAGUGAGCACAGUCAAGACGUUGGAGAGCCGUCAUUGGUGGAUUUCUGUUGGUAUAAGAUUUCAGUGAGUAAUGUUUAUCGAGAUGAACGAGGCCAACUUGGCAAAUGUUGUGGUAUUGCAACUGUAACUGCUCAGUGGGUGGGCCUUGAUAUACACGAAUAAUGUUCCACAAAUGAGCCUUGAGCAACUUUGUCUUCAGAGUGUUUAAAUCUUAGUAUUUGAGAAGCUAGAGGGUGGAAACAGAAACAUGGUUACUACUGUGAUCAUCAAUCCAUCCCAUUUUCUACCGCUCAUCCCGUUGGGGGUCACAGGGGGCUGAAGCCUAUCCCAGCAUCUGGGGGUGAAGGCAGGAGACACCCUGGACGAGUCGCCAGUUCAUCGCAGGGCUGACAUUUAGAAACAAACAACCAACCACACUCACAUUCACACCUACAGGUAAUUUGAAAGUGACCAACUAACCUAAGCCCACUUCUGCAUGUUUUUGGGAUGUGGGAGGAAACCAGAGUACCCGGAGUAAACCCACGCAGACACACAGAAACGCCCUGACCCUGAUUUGAACCCAGGACCCUCUUGCUGUGAGGCGACAGUGCUAACCACUACACCACUGUGCUGCCCCAUCACCAUAAAUAUGCUUAUUAUACAUGAAAUGUUGGUCUUCCAAUAGUGUAAGGUAAAAUAAUUCAAAGGAGCUUUAACAGUUAAUUGUUUUUGCUGUCCAUUCAUCAUUAGCUGAGAUAUUGUAUUGGGGAAAAAUAUACUUUCUGCUUGGACCUUGACUUUUCUGGACAAAUAGCUGGUGAGUUUCUACUGUAUUCUGUUAACUUAACUGUGUAAGGACGGACAUCCACAUGAAACUUUGUGACAAUCAAUCCUGUAAGUGUUAAGAUGUUAAAGUCUGGUACAAAGAGUUGACAAACCACUUUACAGCUCUUCAUCAACAGUGUUUCUCAUCAUCACUUUCACUUACUUUUCCUCAGAGCUGUUUCAAGUGUUGUGAGGAUUGCUGAAAAGUUUAUGUCUAAAUUGAUGGAAGUAAAUAAACCAGUUUAGAUAAAAGGGAUUAAAGUAACAUAUUUAAGGGUUAACAUGUCCCAGUAUACUUAUAAACUGGAAGAAUCAGACUGUAAAAGUGGGAAACUUCACUGUUGCAUAAAGGAUGCCAAAGAAGAACAACUGUUAGACAAAAUCAAACCUGCUGACCUUGUUUGUCCCCUCUGGACAGAUAUUGCUGGAGCCAGCAGUGAUCCAGGACGUCCUGUCUGCAGGAAGCCACCUUCAGCUGCUGGAGCUGCUGAGCCUCUGCUCCCACUACCUCAUUCAGGUACACACACACAGAGACACACACACACCUCACAGCAUUUAUGAGUGAGCUUGAGACACAGUGAGAGGAUACAGAUAAAUAACCACUUUAUACAACAGGGUUCACAUCAGGAUAACAGGAAUCCUGUAACUUAAUGCAGUUUGGAAAGGUUAGCUCAAUUUGGAGAUUUGAUUGUGUCUACACAGAACAUCAGGGACAGGGGGAAUAAUGUUGUAACUGUGAUGAGUUUCAAUAUUACAUCACAAUCUUUCCCUUUACUUAAGACAAAAAUACUUACAAAGAGUCUCUAUCUCCUCACCAGUAGUGGAGACGAAUUUUCCCUUUCAGAUCUUUCAUUUUUACAAUGUUCGUCUUUAUACUGUGUGUUCAUUCACCAGGGGGACGUUCCUACUCCCCCUCUAGGCAAACCAACAACAACAAAAAAAAAAUUACACAACACGACCAGGACAGUUUUUACAGGCUGCUGUGACCAGAUUUUCCCCAGGACUAUUUCAGUGAGAAACUAAAUCUGGGACCUCAAAAACCCAGAAGAGAUAGAAAAAGCCGUCUGUGGUUGAGUACAACUAAUUGUGUGAAAAGCCACUGGAAACAAAUGACACUUGAGCUGAAAGAUGCAACAGUAACAUCAUUGUACAAGAAAACAGUUUGAGAUCAGUUUGACUCUAAAAAAAAAGCAAUGUUGUAAUUUCAAUCAUGGGGUCAUUUUGUCCUGUUUUAUGGGGGCUGACGGAAGAGUUUUUCCUGGAAACCAUGGAGGGUCCAUUAAACAGAAACAAUACUCAAAUACAAGUUUAGUUCAAUUAAAGAAAAAAGCUAAGUAGGAAAAAAAUGACAUUAAAAGAGACCCAAGAUGUGAGCUACCCUAUACUAUUAUUGCAUUGUAUUGGGACAAGUUGUUCAAUAAAGCUAAUAACAAUGUAAAAUGAUCACAUAGAAAACCCUCUACCAGGUACUCAGGACUCUUUCCAACGUUACUAAAUACUAACUACUUUUUUUACAACCAUUAUAUUCUUUUCUACAUUUUAAACCAUAUUUGGUAUUCAUAUUAUAAGGGGAAACCUUUAGAAAUUAGCAAAUAAUGCUGCAAAAGCUCUUAAACUUUAGAUAUCAGGUAGCCUCACUCCUGAGCUGCAAAUAAAACAAAUAUUUGAUGUAAUAUCUUUGCAAACAUUGCAAACCAAGAUAUGCAAAUCAAGCACAAUAAUUCCUCCAUUUGCAAUUGAGGUUUGCAAUUCAAACACAACAGUAACAGAGAAAUUAAAAUCAGUCGUUAUAAUGACAUUAUAAUUACAUUCCCACUCAGAUCAUCAUGGUUCACAGGAGUCGAAUCACGGCUCAAAUGUGCCAUCUGGUGGUUGUUAAGAGCCUCUUGUCCUUUGACUCAAAAACCAGCCAGCAGUUUUUUUUCCUUUAAGUUCAUCAAGUGACCUGCUUCAGUCUCUGUUUUCAGAACAUAUCAGCUGAAUGUUUUAUCGGACUGGUGAUCAGCAUGAAUUGUGGAUUUUAAUGCUCGACCGAUAGUACACCCGCUGCAUGAAUGGAUUGGAAAUCAGAUGCAUCAUCCACUGUGCAGGGUGAAGUUUAUUGAGUAUUAAAUGAUCAAUUGUACUCUCACUGUGUGUUGCACUGAGUUCAUUAUCUGCAUCAAUCUGAUGACUGUGACUGUAACAGUGUACUUUUAAAAGUCACUCAUGUUAAGUCUAACAUUACAACAUAGAUAUUGUCAUGAUGCUUUUUAUUUAACUCCUUUAUACCCCUAAUGGUGAUUAACAUUAACAAACUAAAAUAGAUGAAGAAUAUGGCAAAAACAACAACAACAACAAAGAGUUAAUUUGUGGGAAUGUUGUAUUUUAACAGGCUUAAUGUUUUGUUAAAUGGGUAAAUGGGAAUUGUUUGUGCCUAAGAACUGCCAGAAGAUGGCAGUCUUAUUCCACUACUGCAGAGUCGAAUUCCCUUUUACCUUACAGUCUUUUGCUUUUUAUGUCUUUUUUUUUUUUUUUCAGUCCUUCUCUAAAAUUUUCUUCUACAGUAUAUGUGAAGUACAUGUGAAGUAUCCUUGUAUGAAGUAUCCUCUAUAUCUGGAGAAGUGUGUAUCACCAAAGUGUUAAAUCCAAGGUUCGAUGUGUGGUACUCACAAAAAUAGUGGCCAGCAUGAAUUAAGCUUUAACCCUGACAUUAAGUCAGCGGACCUUUAAUGAAAUAUAAAAUAAACAAAAUAAUUUAAAAAAUGAUAACUUCAUUGGAUGUCAGCACCACAACAACAAUGGUUCUCACCACCGUAUAUGCGUUCACAUAUCUGCCCUGCAGGAGCUUAGCAGUAUGAACUACCUUGAGCUGUACCGUGUGGCUGACCUGUUCCAUCUCCCUGCCCUGGAGGAGGCUGUGGUGGGCUUCCUGGUGGAGCAUCUGUCUGAACUGAGCCAGAGCCGGCAGGACGAGGCCCUGCAGCUGCCCUACCGUCUCCUCAGGGAGGUGCUGAAGAGUGACCGCCUCACCUCCCUAAGCGAGGAGGAGAUAUGGAAGGUACUAGCAGUAUGAACUGUGUGUGUGUGCGUGCGUGCGUGCGUGCGUGCGUGCGUGCGUGCGUGCGUGCGUGCGUGCGUGCGUGCGUGUGUGUGUGAAUGGUGAUCAUGGUCACAUGCACAGAACAUGUACACCUUAUGUGCACUGAAGUGGUGAUCAUGAUGUAACUGUCUCUAUUCUUGCUGAUCCUUUUAUUGCAUGCACUGAUCUAGUAUGUUUUUAAUGGUUAUAGUUUAUAUAUAUAUAUACAUAUACAUAUAUAUAAAAUUGAUUUGAAAUUGAUUUAUUUUAUUUUAUUUUUUUUGGGAAUCUAUCCAGACACACGGUUGCAAAUGAGGCUUGAAACCUGCAUACCUUAUGCAUUUGUUUAUACUAUGAAGUAAUGCCUGAUGCAUUUAUCCCCGUCAAAUAAACCAGUUAAGUAAAUAAUAAAUGGAUUUUCUUUACAAGUAGAGGAAACUAAUGCCGUGUUGAGAUGUGAGAUCAUUGUAGCGACUGUGUUUAGGUGAACAGUAAAAUAAUAGACCUUUUUCUCAGUUUUUGAGUGUCAACCAUACACUGUAUAUACUGUGGACAACUUGGUUCUGCCUCCCGCCUGUAUAACUGAGUAGAAGCCAAAUAGCUCUCGGUAUUUCAGGGAUUUGUCUUCAUUUCCUGAAACCAGCUCUGUGCAGUAGCAUUGUGUCGCUGUGAUGACGCUCAGCUCAAACAGCUUAUCCCCCGGGUGAGCCACGCAAUUCCUGAACGCCCAUAGGCUGUACCAGGUGUCAAUCAAAGAAAACAUGAACCCCCUAAUAACUUUUAAAAACGGAGCUGCACAGAAAAAAGAGGACUUGAGCACAAACCAGUCUUACUACAACUACAUGUCAACACCGCAAGCAGGGGGGGAAAAAAAUUAUAUUCUGUUCAAUAAAUUUCUAAAGUUUGUCCAUAGCUCCAUAGGGAUUGCUGGAGGAGGCGGGAUUUAUGACCUAUACUGCAGCCCGUCACCAGAGGGUGCUGCUCUCGGAGUGGCUUCACCCAGCAAGGAGGCAGACUCUGUCCAUUCUAUAUACAGUCUAUGGUGUCAACAGGUUAAAUCUAUGUAGCAGACUGUUGUAUAUAUAAAUCAUACACAUAAACUCAGUCAAUGCACACAUGAUCUGUCCGUGUGCCCACAUAAAGGUGUGUGUGAACGUGUCACCGUGGUAAACUGUCAGGUUCGUGGAGUGAAGCAGUAGUGUGGAGAGGGGACUCACUGUUUUGACUGUUCAUUUGCACCAAUCAGCCCCCCCUCCCCCACAGACUCUCUCCCCCUCUGUCUUUCUCCCCUUCUCCUCUCUGAUUAGGCCCACCGCGGCUCCAUCAGGGCCCCAAUCCCCCAGCUGUCACUCGGCCGCCCGUCUGAUUGAAAACAAUCAGGCCUCUGAUGGCACAAUUACCCUGACCCUUUAGCCAGCCGCCGCCGCCAUAAUCAGCCUCUGAUUAGGCUGCUUUGGGCUCCUUCACUUCGCCCAGAAGGUUAAUUUGGGCAUCAGACGGAAGCGAACGGCAAGCGGGGGCUGUCGUCCGAAAGGGUGGAGGGGUGUGCACGCCAAUACCGAACUGAUAUAGCUUGGCCGUCAAUCAUUGUCACUCAGAGUAUUCUUAGAGUCUCUCACGCUCUGGAAAUCACAUUUUCUCUGGCUUUGUUUUCUUUUUUUUCUCGCUCCUCUUUCAUGCCAUCUUUUGCUCUGCCUUUCUGUAGCUCCCUCACCCCUCCCCUUACCUCACUCACUCACUAUCUCUUUCCCUCAACCUCUCUCCUACUCUUUCGCUGGUUGACACACAGAAACUCACACACACACACACUCACACUUUCUCUUUCAGUGCGAGGAAGGAGGGAGAAGGAGUUGAUUUAUUCUGUGCCCUGAGGAAGUUGUGUGAUGCAGCGUGACCUUCACAGUCAGCUGCUGUGGUGCGAGCGCUCACACACACGCUCGCCCGGAAACGCACGCGCAAACUGACUGUCACUUCAGAGCAAUGAGGAGGAGGGAGGCGGGGUGAGCAAUAGAGAAAGGGUGGUGGAGACAGGAGAGUGGCACAGAUACCACAAAAAGACAGUCCUGACUCGCAUGUUAGUUGCGUGCUCACACCUGCAGAGUGGACUGAAGGGAAAAAUAAAAGUAGAGCACUUCAGCUCUAGAAAUUUUGCCCACACACGUCAUAAACAAACGAUAAUGCUGGUACGUCAAUGCGUUUUUACCCUUUUGUCCAGAUUUAUCCCACAUUUAGCCAGUCUCCACUGAGACUUCAGCCACUCUCUGUUCAGAUUACAUUAAUAAUCUGUUUUCUUGAUAUCAAAGAUUUCCAGUCAUCUCGCCCACAUUCACACCUCGUUGCAGCUAAAUAACCUUCCGCUGCUCUCAAGUACAAUUAAAUCCCUUCUCUGCAACCCAGCCUGCCUGCAUUAAACAAAAGAGGGCGCCUGUGGAUAUUUACAGUCUGUAUAUUGAAUGCUGCUGAUUAAUAAGUACUUGUGUGUCUGUUGGCAAGUAUGGAUGCAGUACUGGCAUAAUAGCCUUCAGGUGUCUACGAAAAUAAUUAUGAUUAGCAGGUCUGUUUUUUUCUCAGAUCAGAAGAAAGAGUGAAAACACUUCUCGUACUUGCAUUUGCUUUCCUCAUGCACAUUUCAGGUUUCCUCUCGUCGAUUCCCAAAGUUUUUUUUAAGAAACGACACCAUCCUUUGAGUAUCAUUCAAAACACAACAAAUCAUGAAAAUGUUUUAACUAUUUGAAGACAGUCUACUCAGAUUUAGACGGUAUUGUCUCCACAGUGUAUUUUCUCAUAAAUUAAACUCAUUCAGUCCCUGCUUCAUCUUCCUCCAGUUGGUGGUUCUGUGGCUGGAACACGACUGCCGCUACCAGUACACCGAGGAUCUACUUCAACACGUCCGCUACGGCCUGAUGGAUGUCGCCACUCUACACCACCUUGCUCAUAGUCACCCUCUGGUCCAAUCCAGCCCUACUACUGCGGCACUCGUGGAGGAGGCCCUGGACUACCAUCACACCACCUUCGCACAGCCUCUCUGCCAGUCAGCGCGCACAAGGCCUCGUUUCCAGUCCCUCACCCUUUACAUAGCUGGUGGGCGCAAGCGGGAGGUUAGCAGGGUCAGAGAGCUGCGUUACUUCAACCCUGCUGCACAGGAUCACGUACGUGUCGGGGGUGGGUCCAACUGGAGCGAGCUGGCCCCCAUGCCCACUGGACGCAGCCACCACUGCGUUGCCGUGAUGGGAAACUUCCUGUUUGUUGUGGGUGGGGAGGUGGAGCAUGCCACUGGGAGGACAUGUGCAGUAAGGACUGCUUGUCGAUAUGACCCCAGGGGCAACUGUUGGACUGAGAUUGCCCCCAUGAAGGCCUGCAGAGAACACUUUGUCCUGGGCGCUCUGGGUCAGUACCUGUAUGCAGUGGGCGGCAGGAACGAGUUGAGGCAGGUGCUGCCAUCUGUGGAGCGAUACUGUCCCAAGAGGAACAAGUGGAUGUUUGUCCAACCCUUUGACCGCUCACUCUCCUGCCACGCCGGCUGUGUGGCGGAUGACCUGCUCUGGGUUUCAGGUAUGCAGAGAUAGAAUAAAAAGGACUGUGUUGUUUAUUUCACCGUUAAUCUCUACGAUGAUAUUCAAUGAUAAAAGUCAGAGUGUGGUGUCUUUGCUUUCCAGGUGGGGUGACAAACACAGCUCAGUACCAGAAUCGACUCAUGGUGUAUGACCCUCAACAGGUAACUGUAAACUGGUCAUAAAUUUGCACAGAUCUGUAAAUGUGAGGGGGAGCAUAUCGGUCCAAAUGGUAAAUGGACUUGUAUAGCUCCUUAUAAACCACUCACAUGGUUUUUACACUCUCAUUCAUACACCAGUGGCAAAGGCUGUUGGAGACCAUCAGUAUUAACUAACCCCAUUCAUAUGAAUUCACACACUACUGUCUAUACAAGCGAGAGCAGUUUGUGGUUCAAGGACACUUCAGCGUGUGGCAGCGGGAGCUGGGAUCAAACUGCCAACCUUCAAUUAAGAGAUGACCCGCUCUGCCAGUCAGCCACAGAUUCCCCUGUGGGAGUAUGGGAAAUGGUUUCACUGUCAGAGUUGAUCUAUAUGAGGAUUUUGUCUUGGUUUUUUUGGUCAAGCACAGAAACUUAAAAAAAAAAAAGGAAAUAGAAACCAGAUUUAACAGCCGUAAAAAUGGUACUAGGGCUUCGUAGUUUGGCUGGUGUAACAUGUGAAAAAAAGCAAAACAAAAACAAAACAAACAAAAAAAACAGUCUGAACAGUCCACUUCUCAGCUCAGUUGAUGUUUUGUAUCUUUAAACCGGUUCUGACAAGCUCAUCUGCAAUGUCACUUUUUUGAUGGUCCGUUUGUCGCUGUGACGGAAAACACUGGAUGCUGCUUAUUAAUAAAAAGAUCUGAUAAAUCUAGUUGUACUGUAACCAUAGCAAAUGAAAUGAUGAAUUAUUCAAUCCCACAUGCAAGACAGCUAAAAAGGUUGCUAAAACAUUACCAGUUACUUUCAGUUUCUGGUCUCAAACCAGGAGGAGGACUCGGUCUAAAAUCGUUCAGUUGUGUACGCUGAAGGAUUGCAAACAAGCCGAAGUGUCACAGUCAUCAAGUUGUACUCAAACGUGUUAGUCUGAUGCUCUUAAUGCCACAAGUGUUUCUAUAAUUUGACCCACGAGGUUUACACCUUUUGAGUCGGUGAAUUCACACCAGAACUCCUACACUUAUUCAGCUCUGAACACCCAGACUAGCUCCCUGAGGUGUGUAACCUGUUAUGCACUAAAUCAGUCCAAAUGCUCUUUAAUCGCCUUAAACUGUAAUCAACUGUUACUUGUUUUAAUUUGAUCACCGCUUUAACAAACACAUUUGUCCAGCCCGGCAGAGUCAUUUAUCCUCUGCUGCUUUAUUUCUCUGAAUUGAUCAAAUUUUUGGUCUUUUUUUUUUCCCUCUCUAAACAAAGAGGUUGUUCAGUUGUACUCAUAUUUUAAAUCUUAUGAGACAAAUGUGUCAAAAAAGUGACUUGACAUAAUUGUAUAUAUUUAUACCGGCGUUGUUAAAGUUAUGAGGGGAAAGAAAACAUAUCUUUUGAGGAAAUAUACUUAAAGAGCAUCAGUGUAACAGUAAUGGCUUGUUUUUUUCCCUGGAAAUUAAUACCAACAACCACCAGCAUGUUCACUGUGAUGGAUUACACAACAGGCGGAUGUCAGGCGCCCUCUAAUUGAUUUUCAUACCAUAUGGAAAUUAAUGAAAAGCAAUGACACUGUGAACAAUAGAAAAAUCUGAAAGACUAAAGCUAACUUUAUAAGAUAAAAACUGCAGUAAAUCAUAUUUUGCAGUUUAAAAAACAGUCAAAAAACUCUUUUACGUAACCCCCUCCUCAAGUAAUUCUUCAAUCUUGACUUCUACAAAGCAGAGAUAUCAAUGAUACAUGCUCUAUAUGGUAAACACCAAUGUGUUAUGAUGCAGUCUUUCAAUGCAAACAAGAUAAUUAUACUCUAACACCAUUUCUUAGCAGGUAUCACACAUUCACAGAUAACUGUAGUAAAAUGUAGUGAGGUGCUGCUGCUGUUUGUUUUCCUAUAUGAGCCAGCUGUUAAAGAGGGCUGAGUGUAUAUAGUAUGGAGGUAUGCGGUGGGUAUAUGUGUAAGGCGCAUAUCCAUAUGGGUCCGUGUUUGGACACGUCGGCGUGUAAGUGAGGGGACGGAAGAAGCGAGUGAAAGAGAGAGGGAGAGGGUCUCAUUUGUAUUCACCAUGAAUCUACAUUCACCUGCCAGAGCAACAGCAACCCCCCACCCACUCUACCCUCAACAGAUGGCCACCCGUCAGCUCCCAGCAGACACACACGCACACACAUGCACUCACACAUGCACACUCUCAUUCUCUUCCUCAAUCAAACACACACACACCGACACAAAAUAAGCAUCGACACACUUAGUGAAAUGAGCUGGGAUCCUCGGUGUAAAAUGGAGUGGCUGAAACAUAUGAUUAGAAACAGGGAGGGAAGUCAUUAGUACAAACCAGAGCUCCAGUGUCACGUUAUUUAUCUAGCACUGAGCAUACAUCAAUUACCCAUGCAUGGAUAUGCUUAAAUAUUAAUCUUCUUAUUCAUCCUUCUUCCCUUCCCUCCCUCUCCGUUUCUCUCUCCCUCCCUCUUCCUACUACAUCUCACCUCCUUCUCAUCUGCAUCAUAUCGUUUCUACCUCCUGUCUUCACUCCAUCUGUUCUUCUCCUAAUCUAUUCUCCACCACCUCCACCUCCUUCUCAGGACCAGUGGUUGGCCCGCAGUCCCAUGUUACAGAGACGAGUUUACCACGUCAUGGCCGCGGUGAGGAGGCAGCUCUACGUGCUGGGCGGGAACGACCUGGACUACAACAAUGACCGCAUCCUGGUGCGCCACAUCGACUCCUACAACAUGGACCAGGACCAGUGGACCCGCUGCUCCUUCAGCCUCCUCACUGGUGGGCAAAGUAAAGAAACCACACAUGUGAUCAUACUUCUGCAAAUUUAUACUGGAGAUGAUUAAUUAUUCUGUUGUGAACAUCUGGACAAACCUUUAGACUGUAUCCAUCCUUUUAAAUGUUUGCUCUACAGAAACGCAGAUUUAUACGAUACAAACACUGAAAACAUAGUCUAAACUACGAUGUCCCCAGAGAAGACACAUAUCUGCACACGAUAAAUUUAUUUAUUUCCAUAAUUUAAUUCAAAAAGUAAAACUAUUUUUGUUACAAUCUUGAUGAUUACAGCUCACAAAAUUCUAAAAUCUACUAUUUCAGAGUGAAUCUACUAUUGCCAACCUUCUUGAAGAUGAGGUUUAUUUCUGCUCUCGGUUCUCGGUCUGGGCUCUGUUUGCAUGAAUCACUGCAUCAGUUCAAUGUAUCAUGGAGGCCGUCAGUCUGUGGCUCUGCCGGGUUCUUACUGCGGUCCAGGUCUCUUUAAUAGCCUCUUCAGCUGGUCUGUAUUGCUGGUUCUGGUUUCGCUUAUCUUUCUCUUGAUAAUACCACAGAGUUAGACAAAGGAAACCUGUAUCUCUCUAAAGCGUCUUAGCAGAUGGAAGCAUGAAGGUCUCCAAAAUCUCCUGGUCGACUUGAGGCUACGUUGACUCUGGACUCGAAAACUCAGUAAAAGACAAACAGCAGCAGAUGAUAGAGCAUCCAAAUCAUCACUGACUGAGGAAGCCUCACGCUGGAUUUUAAGCACCUUGGAUUCUGGGCCUCUCUGAUCUUCCUCCAGAUUCAGGGACCUUGAUUUCCAAAUGAGAUGCAAAAUUAACUUUCAUCUGAAAACAGGGCUGCUCUCACUUCUGUUGGUCAUAUUUUCCUCUCACACUUUUCUCUUCAGUCAACUUUCAGCGAAUCUGCUUCCAUACAGACCCUGCGAACAAAUCAGCAGUCUGCCCCACGAUGGUGGUUGAGUUUGCUAAACUAGAGUGAGAGAAUAAAGGCUCAGUAAACCUUUGCCAGUUCAGAGUAUAUUUGCUGAUUAGAGCUCCGUUCAGGACUGACAAGAAAAUGGACUGUUCCACAAUAUUUUGAGAUAGUGGAUCUCUAGCUGCACGAUAUUGGAAAAAACUAACAUUGCAAUUUUUUUCAACCCUGCGAUAUAUAGGCUAUUGCGAUAUUAAAAAAUACAGGAAUUUUCACCAGAUGACCUGAAUAGCACUUAAUGUUAUGCUGCACUGCUGAAGUCUUGAGGACAGUUAACCUGCACUGAUCUUACCUCUUUUAAUGAAUGUUUGUAGAAUGGCUUCUGUCUGUCUCAGAGAUAUUUUUAGCUUUUAUUGUUCUGGGACGUUAUUGUGGAAACAGAUGAACACAGAAGACGUGUUUUGGUCGACAUAAUCCAUCUUGUAACCGAAAUAAUUCCAGAUAAUUGACUUUCCUUUUCUUUUUGGCAACAAGUCUUCAUCUUCGGUGGUUUUCUCUCUGUGUUGCUCAGUUUGCAAUCGUUGUUGUUUUUGUUACCGGGGUUGUGCUGAGAAACGCAUGUCCUCCGAGAAUUGCAUGCACCUCCUCUCUGAUUUUGAUUGACAGCUGGCAGGGUAGUCUGAUUGGCAACUGAGAACUGAGUCUGAUUGGCAACUGAGUAAAGAACAAAGGUGAUUGGUGGAUCGCUGCACAGCACAUGCAGAGUCACAUGCAGUGUAUCGCAGUCAGCUACCCUUGAAAUUAACUGAGUUCAUUCACCUCUGACAUCGCAGGCUCUGCGAUGUGACUAUCACACACAUGUACAUCACGAUGACGAUGCUCAAACGAUAUAUCGUGCAGGCCUAGCAUUUCUGUGGGCUGUGAUCAUCAAGAUUGAAAUGAAAAAUAAAAAGCCUGUGUGUGAUGAAUCUAGAGUAUAUGGAAGCCUCACUUUUUGAAUCAAGUUACAGGAAAAAAUGAACUUUUUUAAGACGUUCUAAAUUUGGGAGCUGCGCCUCUAAAGCUACUAUCAGGGGAAAUUCACCACAAGACCCGAGAACUGUUCGAGUUUUGGUGCUUUUACAGAAGAAAGAAACAAAGAAGAUAACAUCCUCAAGCCCACAAGACAGAAUUGAACAACAUUUGAAUCCAAAAUGCGAUGACUACUGUAAGGUCACUGCUGCUCAUGCUGCCAGUCCACUCUCAGUGAAAUUUGAUCAAAUCCCUCCCACACAGAACUGAUGCAGAAGUUUUCCUUUUUCAAACUCAAGCUCUGAAGUAACAAAUACAGUCAUGAGUGUUUAAUUUUGAACCAGUGGGUUCAGGUCAUUUAUCCAAACGCUGUUUAAACCCAUUUGGAUUAUAUGAUCGGUGGAAACACAUGUUGAGAAAAGUCUCCUGCUUUCCUUCCUCUCACUAAAAGAAAAAGAAAAACAUUACAUAGAAUACCUCUCUGCUGUUUGUGAGUAGGCGGUAGAAUGAUGUACAAUAAAAACAUGCAUCCCCGCUUUGGACCCGUGGGCACACUGCAUGUACUGUGUGUCCUCCAGGAUGGUGGAGGUGGGAUGAAGUACCUCCUCCGAGAGCGCAGGAGACAGGAUCUAGGAUCUUACUGUAACAUGUGGUCAUGUCAUUCAGUGGGUUGUACAUACGAGUCUUAAAACAGUAAAGUUAAAGUGACUUUACUGUUCCCUCCUCCCUCCUCUCGACUGAUGACUUUUCUCCUUAGUUCGAGGAUCAUCUCCUCCUGUGAUAUCAGUAAAAGUUUAAGACAAAGUCACAGGAAAGAGAACCUGAGCCUAAUCUUGGCUCCUCAUUCACUCCCGCCCUUCUCCAAUCUCUCUCCAUUUAUCUCCCCCUCUGCCUCUUUGGGGACACAGAAGUCAUAUCAACACAAUGCCCUCUGCCUGGCACGGUAAAACAUCGUGUCGACUCUGUCCUUCCCAGGUCAGAAUGAGUCCGGAGUUGCUGUCCAUGAUGACAGGAUCUAUGUGGUUGGAGGAUACUCCAUUUGGACCAAUGAGCCGCUGGCAUGUAUUCAGGUGAGGUUUAUUAGACUGAACACGGUUAUGGUUGUGACGUGCAAAAAUUCUUAGUAGAGACAGCCUUUGGAUCAACCAACCAACCAGAAAGUUUUGAUGAAAUUGAAAGUAGGGGUGUCCUGAUAUGAUGCUGAUAGCGGAUAUUGGUUCAAUGUCAGCAAAAAAACAAAUAUCGGAUUAUAUCGGCCUGCAUCUAAAAUCUCCGAUACAAGCAGUUCAUUCCAGACUCCGCUCUGGCACCUCUAUCCAGCAGCGCCCGGAUCCAGCAUGCAGAGCCCAUGUAAUCACAGCAACAGUGUGUACUAAGGCACUAACUAAAGUAGCAAGGAGUAGUAGUGAUGUUGGCCGUAUGGCAGUAUUUUUAGUUGAAGUCUGAAAAAGGCUUUGCAAAACUUGUCAUGCACAAAUUCGUGCCAAUAUCAGAUCAAUGUCAGUAUCGGACAAUACUGAAGGCUACAAUAUCGGUAUCAUAUCAGAAGUAACAAACAUCUAUCAGGACACCCCUAAUUGAAAGUAUGGGAGGAAUGAUGUUUUUCUUCGUUGCAGGUGUUGGAUCUGAGCACAGAAGGCAAGGAGGAGGUUUUCUAUGGGCCGACGCUGCCAUUUGCCUCCAACGGAAUAGCAACUUGCUUCCUUCCUGCCCCUUACUUCACCUGUCCGAACCUACAGACUCUACAAAUACCCCAUCACAGAAUAGGUGCUGUUUAACCAUGAACACAAAACCAGAUAGUGGAGCAGGAACAGCUCCACUUUGGACCAUCACUGAGACUGUCAAAAAAAAAAAAAGUUCCUGAUCAUAGUAUUCAUUUGGGAACCUGCAAUCUGUUACACAAGUGUGCCGCCAUUUCUAUGAGACCCAAACGUAAUAUAAACUACGAUCCUACUCUACAAAAGCCAUGUUUUCCUGCAAGCUUCUAGGAAACUGAGGAACAAGCAGCUGUCUCAAUAACACUGCAUAUCUGAUGUAUUUCCCAGACGACAGAAGCACCAUCUAUGAUGUCCAGUGAACACACAACAAGCAGGAACAGAGAGAGAAUACAAUUCCCCAAGAACACAGAGACAAAAUACCAAUCCACUGGAGUGUUAAGAAGACACUUCACUUAAUUGCUGUCCACUGAAGUUCAAAAACGGUCCUUUUCGCAGGACUGUAGGAGCUCGAACCCUGAAGAACAUUUCUACCAAAGCUCUACAAUCACUCUGAAAUCAGUCUGAGAAAUAUUGUGGGCAUGUUUUUCAAGACCUGUUGUUUGAUCAAGAACACAUUCUGUGAAAUUACGAAUUGGUUCAGUGAGUAUCAGGUGCCCGAGACUGAAGCUCAUCAGAGUACAAAACGACCAUGUCAUCAUUUUAAGUUCUAUAAGGUCCAAAAUGUACUUGACCCCCCCGCUCAUCAGCAGUGACACUUUACUGUAUGUCUGUAAGUUAACUUCCUGUUUGAGACUUUUAUAACGCUCAGGACCGAAGACUGUUUAUGUGCAAUAUGAAUGUCUGGUCAUUGUCAUCAUUCAGAAGAUAUUUGAGUGUAUUCUACAGUGGUAUGAUAAUAUGACUAUCAAAAUACUAUAGUUUUAGUUUGACCUGAGGAAGAAAAAAAACAACAUGACCCCUGAACUUCACCAUCCGUUAAAAAACAACAUCUGUAAGAGUACAUGAACAUUUUCAAAAUAAAGGCGCUACAUAAAUUAAACUGUAAUAUACAUUUGAUGUGGAUUGUGAUGAACACAAAGUAGUUAAAACAUAACUGGAUACACAUUUUAGGAGAAGACCACUGCUUCUUUUCUUCCUCUGGUACUGCAGGUGGAAAAAUAAGGAUGUGCAGCAAAAACCUGCUCACAAGCAGAGCUACAUCGCAGUUUGAUGAGACUUGAAAAUGACUAGCAAUGACAGAAAAUGGGACUUGGUGAUUGUGGGACACAGGAGUGAGACUUCAUGUGAUUAGGUGCAAACCAAAGCCGGAUUGCUGGAGAUUGCUGUGACUUGGGAAGGGGAGAGGGAGAAGUAGAACAAACAGUACUCUUCUUCUUCUCUCUCUCUUUUUUUUUGGUGCUACCAAACUCUUCGGGCUCACCCACGACUGUCAUCAAAUCUGUAAUUUAGAGUGCCAACCCAGUAGAGACAGAUCCAGCACCUGACGGUAUAAGCACAGAUAGUCAGUACUUCAUGCUCACUCUUCUCUCCAGAGAGAGAAUAAGAACAGGGUACAGAGAGUGCUACAAGCAUUUUCACAUUUUUAUUGAAAAUGAAUCCGCUAAAUUGCAAGGUUGCACCUCCUAUAUUUUCUGUACAUUACAUACAUUCUGUGAAAUUCAGUGCACACAGAAAGAUAUCAGACUUUUUGCUUUAACCCUUGAUGCCUUUCCUGCUUACUACACCAGCAGACCAAGUAUCGACAUUCAUAAAUAAGGAAAGACACAUGGCACCUUCAUAGGAGGAUUUUGUGAUCAAGACAUUUGGCAUCAAAAAGACAGUUUUUUAGGAGUAACAUGGAAUUCUUGGAUCCGGUGACAGGUCCCAGACUUGGUACUUUCUUCUUUUUCUAAUCUGCUUCCAGACUGGUCAUUUCUGCAUGCCCACACUCCCCAAGGAGGCUCAGCAGCUUCCUAUAGGCGCUCCUUGUUCACAGAGAGACAGAGUACUAAGUCAGUACACACACAUUCUUAAGAAGCAUUCAACUACAAAGCAUCUUCAGUUCAGUACGCUAACACCUGUUCAUUGUCUAGACAACUUAAAAAUAGUUUAAGGCGAUGAAUAGUGUCUUUGUGGCUUUGGGGAUGUGAUUCAUCUGUUCGCUCACCUCAAGGCAGUAUUCCUGCCCAGCCCUCUCUUGUGCUCGGUGUUUCUCAGACUCGCAGACAGGUUGGGGAUGAGAGCUUGAACAACAGAGGGAUCUAACACAGCCACUGUCUCAAGGACACUGUAUACCUGCCUGUCGUAGAUGCCUUCAUUCUCAUCCGCGAACGACCUAGGAGCAUCAGGAUAAAACAGACACCGAGGAUAAAAUGACUUUGAUGUACGGAUAAAGCAAAGGAGACAGUUUAACCCCGCGCUUAAAAGAUCGUGUAACAGGAUUCGAGCAUCAUUUGAACAAUGCCACGCUGCUCUAAUAUAGAUACAAAUAUUCAUGGCCUCACAUCUUCAAGUACCUUAAGACAGUGAUCAUCUGGUCACAUGGUCCCUCUGUAGAUGCAACAGCACAACGCUCCACUAUAAGCUGCAAGGCGUCAGUGCUCAGCUUCCUCACUGCACAGAAAAGAAGGCAGUGAAUGACACCCUCAGACAGGAACAUGAUUACCAAAAUGAGUUUUGAAUCUAUGUGGGCUUGAGGAUUGGUGUAUUUACAAGCCGUCUGUCUGCUUCAUUGUUUUGUAUGAAACGACUCAAGAGCAAUAUGAGGAAUGUUUUCAACAUUUGGCAGGAUCAACCCCUCAGUCUACGGUCGCUUUCACACUAACGUCAUUUGGUCCAGAUUUUAGGACUUUUCAGAUUGAUCCGAACCAAAAUUUAAUGUGUGAACACUCCCCCAAACCACGGCCUGGACUACUGUUGGACCAAACAAGCAGACCAUGGUCCCCCAAAAAAUCAGGACUUGGUCCAGUUCAAAGUGAACCAUGGUCUGGUUCACUUCAGGUGAGAAUGUAACUGGACUUUUAAUAGGAACAAAUACAGGAAGCAAACUAAAACAGCAGUGCAUCAUGGGUUGAAGACAGAUGUGUGUUACCAGCUAAGAGAAUAGGAAGCGGAGGGUCUAAGAAUAAGAAUAAGAAGAACUUUAUUGAUCCCUGAAGGGAAAUUCAAUGUGACUGUAAGCAUUAGCAGCCUGACAGAGAGGAGGUGGAAGCUGACGUGUUUUAAUUUAUCACAGCAAAUUGUUGGAAACUACUGGCAAAAGGACUGGUUACGUCAGAAAUCAAGACUAUCGGCCAAUUUAAGCCUGUUUGAGAGUAAUCGGUAAUCAGCCAAAACUCGCUGAUAUUUUCAGAAAUAAAAUGCGGAGAAUAAGAUUCGGUUUCACUUCAAAAAUGUUCCGCCAUUUGAAAAGUUCCCCAACUUAUCCAGUAGAUGGCGCAGUGACCUCAUGACAAUCUUCAUCCACUAACUACCUCACAGCAGAGUGACGGAUCUUUGAAAACGCUUUUCUGGUCCAAGGUUGAUUAGUCAAUCUUCCUGUCGGCGUGAAAAGCAGUAGCCUACAGUAUUUAUAUUUAUAUAUAUAUAUUUUUUUAAUCUUAUAAUUUCAUUUAAAAAAAAUGAAAAAUCCACCGAUUAAUUGCUAAUCAAAUUAUUUUUCCCCCCUAAAAAUCGGUAUUGGUAUCGUCCCCAAAAAAUCCAUAUCGGUCUCUAAUCAAAACUACACCUUUAAUAGGAAAUAAAUGAAUAAAACCAAGUGUAGUGAUAGAGUUUAAAGAACACACCUGGUAGCUUUCAUUAAAAUCUGCUCUACAAAAAUAUGAUGUGAGUCCUGACAGACACAGAUGUAAGCUGCACCCUGGCAAAGGUGGUAAUUAUAGCUUCUGUAUAAUUUGACUCCAGGUGAAGAUUGGUGAAAAUUGUAUGUUUUCAAGAAAAGCUUGGCUACAACCUCCACCAUACUAAUGUGACAACAGCAUUUAGUGUAUCAAUUAGGAAGGAGGUUUCAGUAAAUGCAGGCCUGGUCAAAGUGAGAAUACACAAGUCUGAGAACAUAAAUGGACAUCAACGUUUCCUGUUAGUAAUCAAAUGCAGUGCAGUCUUACACAGAACAUAGAUGUGAAAGGAGUCAUUAUUACAUCCCAUUAUUAUCUGACCUGUUAUUCCCUCUCAGCUCACAUUUGGUGAAUCUCCUGAAAGGCAUCAUUAGCAGCUCUGGAAGCACAUUAUAUGGUUGUAAGGAUUGGUCAGCCUUUAACCCCUAAAUCUGGGCUUACUAUCUCCAAACUGCAUAUGAGCCACUCAUUAUAGUCAGAAAACCUUGGUUAGGAAGAUUGUUGUUAACUUUUAAUGCUUUUUGUCUAUUGACUGUUGAACUGCCAGACAAAGAUAUCCUGAAGAAGAAGAAGAAAUCAGAGCUGCAUUAAGGCGAACCAAAGAGGGUCCUAUCUCAUCAGUUGCAUAAUGCUGUGAAGUAGCGAGGACGAUCCACACUUUGCACGAUUCUGAUUAUGUUGUCUGCAUAUGCACAAGCAUGAGCUCACCCUGUGGUUCAUUGACGAGCAUCACACAGCGCAGCAGAGCGGGGAAGGGCAGAGUGAGGAGGCCGGGGUCUGAGUCACUGUUUCUUCUCAGAAGCUCCAAGAGGAACAUCAGGACUGAUGCUAGCCGAGGCGGGGGAGCAUGACCUCUAAACUGCAGGAAGCUUUCGCUGUAAAAAUGGAAAAGGGAAAAAAAAACUUUUGAGUUGGCGAGGAUACAGAAGCUGAAGAAAUGCAAUAAUGAAACAAAAGAAAAACUCUGUGAGAUACUUUGUAGAUUAAAUCAAGUCAGAUCUAGAGUGAGCUGCUGUAGUUGACAAGAGUGACAUCCAACCACACCCUGGAUAUGAAUUUAACAUCAAAGAAAACCAAGCAGCUGGGGUCCAUGACAGACAAACAAGCCCUCAGUUGUAGGGACGUACCAGAGCACCUCCAGUAUUGUUCUCCUCAGCGAUGCUCCCCGGCUGGUUGGGUUGGCUUCACACGCACUCAGAAGCACAGGGUGGUUGGCUAUGACGCCCACAGAGGGUGAAGCGGGGAGGAAAUGGUCCAGAUAUCUGCGAAUAACCGACCGGAGCUGCUGCCUCAGGUAGGCGCCCUGAGACUGAGACACACAGGAGGCGACUGACAGACCCUACGAGGGAAUAAGUAAUGAGUGUAAGAGUGGGAAGAAAUGAUCAUGACACAAGAUGACAUUAUUAGAGUAUUUGUGAUUUGUUUUAUUUCAUGUGUUUUCCUGACCUGCAGAUACAGAGGCAGGCUGUCCCUGAGAGCUUUGUCCUGCACUGUGAGGUUGUGGGGAAGCAGCAGUCCAUCCACAAUGCGAAACAGCAGCUGCUGAGCUUUAGAUGUGGCCAGCAGGGGGCUCCAGUGCUUCACUAUGCAACCUAAAUCAAACAGAACAAAAACAGAGACGAGCAGAGAGUGAGAUACACUACUGUUAAGGUUUCUUCCUUUUUAUCUGAUGACACAGACCAAACAGCAGGAGGACAAUUAUACUGGAUCUUCAAAACGAAGGUGUUUGAAGUUGCACCUACCGACAGCCCAGUAGGCCAGCUGCAGUCCCUCUUGGUUCUUGCUGACUAGAGAGGGUUUGAUAUGUUUCAAGAUGUCCCCAACAUAGUCCAGGGCUCUGGUCACCAUGGCUGAACGCUCAGACAAAACCUGCAGUCCACUGUAAACACUCCCAACAGCCUGGCACAAACACAUUAAUAUAGAUAUAACGACUAAUAUGACGUGUAUGCAUAUUUGUAUUUUAUUUUAUUUACUUUUGCUAACACCAACUAAAGACUAAAGAGUGUUACCUUGACGAACAUCUCCAGGGCUAAAAGGGGUUCUAGUCUGGUGGCUGUGGGCUGUAGACCUGCUCUCUGUAGAAGACUGUCCACCUCAGGAAGCCUCAGCACCAGUCGAGUCAGUUCACACAACUGCUCCUCUAAGGCCUGACCUGGAAUCAUUAGUAAACAGUCCAUGGAGUCCAUGUGAGUUUUUGAGCCUUCGCACCAAAUUCCCUUUUUCUUUUCAGUCAUUAGUUUGAUUGAUUUGUGCUUAUAUGUUGUAACUUCACUAACAUUAACUGUUGGCACAAAAAAUCAGUCAUUGUUUUUUGUUUUUUAUUCAUUGUGAUUCUUCUUUCCUUAAAUUGGACUCAAGCUUAAA